CAAAGUCUAUUGGAUAAGACAAGGAUAAUACAGGAAUUCCUGUCUUUUAAAGGCAUACUUAUUCUCUUGUUCAUCAUUGUCAGUGUAUUCUAUUUUUAUAGUGUGCACAUGACAGCAUCAGAUGUUUGAUUUUACACAAAGCCUCCUACUGUGCAAAUGAAGGAACUUGGCUACAAAAGUAAAUAAACAUUGUCUGUUAUUUACACUCUGAUAUUACGGAAUCUAUUCUAAUGAAAACAAUUUUAUGUACAGUUAAAGCCAAAGUUCCGAGUUAAUGUGAUUUAAUGACACAAGAAAGGAUAAAAAGGCAGUAAAAUGUAUUAUUACAGAUAUUAUAAAAAUGUAUGAUUAAAGAUAUUAUAGCCAAAACAUGUAUUGUACACUAUGACUGUCUACAUAAUGUCUUAUCAUACCAUAUCAUACACAAAGCUACUGCACUACUCUACUCAUGCUUGAGCUGGAUUGUGCUUGUCACUGCCGUCCUUCCACAGAAAGGUAAGGCCUGCAUUUUUGGAGAACAGCAAGUCAAAUACAUUAAAUAUAUUUUUAUUGCCUGCUGAAUGAAUGAAUUGGAUUGCCAAGAUAGAGGAUUAUACAGCAUAUCCAAGCUCACCAAAGGGUGAUGAGAGUUUUACAACAAAGUAUCACAACUUUUGUAUUUCAUAUGCAAAUAAAAAGAGCACAGAUGUUUUUCAAUAUUAUUCUUUGCUUAUUAUCGUUUUCAUGAGCAAAAUGUAAAGCAUAAAAAAAACAGAUUCAAAGGAAUCUGCUCCUGACCAGCCAUGAAACAAAAAUAAACGAGCAGAGAUCAUUUGUGUGAAGCUCUUUAAUUAGGGGGGAGGAGAAGUGCCUCAGUGGGAAGAACUCAUUAUCACGGACAAGUGCUUCUGCAGAAUGCUUCUGAUGAAAAACACCAUUAAAAAAAAAGACCAAGCUCCCACUGGGUUUGGCUAUUGUACGUCUUUUGUCUCGACACCGCAAUGUACGCUAGUGACCCAAUAUGGACCGGUGCCAUGUAGCCCUGCUCACAAUGUCCGACUCUCACGAUUCCCCACCCACAAAUGUGAGAGAAAACAACAGCGUGAAAGAAGUUGAUGAGCUUCGCUUCUAUGUUUAGUCAAAUAUUUCGGAGUGUCUUUAUUGCCGCUGUGCUCAUGGAGGAGGUUUGCUGACACGUCAUUGCAUUGUUAAUCAUUUAUAUUUACAACCGUUAGAGUGUUAUCACUUGAAGUAACAAGAGCCAAAGGUCCCCUCAGAUCAUCGGAGGGAGGAAAGCCUUCUGCGUACGUCGCCAGGUAAGUCUCACUUCAGUAUUCUGGAUUUAUAUGCGCGGCACAUGGAAUAAGAUUAAAGCCUUUGGAAUUCUUACUUUUAGCUCAGGCACGAACUGAUAACUGAACAUCACCAGGUAAGAAACUAUUCAAUGGAUACCACAUAUCGACUCUGAUGGGAAAAGUAUCAAACCUUGACAGUACUGGCAUCACUACUAUUGACAAAACAUUAAAAAUAGCAGCGGUUUAGAAAUACAAACGGUGGCUCCAAAGGGUUUACUCAUCAACAAAAACAGCAUCAUCAACAAUGGUAAAGGUCCAUGAGGAAUCACAGCUUUGUGUCGUCUCAGGCAAACUAUUUUCGCAAUACGAAAUACGCCACGACAAUACGAACAAACCCUAGUUCCCAGGCAUCAUGGUGAUGCUGGUGUUUCAGGUGGCUGGUAAGGUUUAUGUUUUUUUUUUCUCUUCACAGAAUGUUUGCGUCACGUUUGGUGUAACCAGCAUGCAAAAUGUCUUCCUAUGAAACAGUGAAUGUUUAUCUAUAAGUUAUGACAGGCUGUUAACGUCACAGGCAUUAAAAAGAAGGAGUGCUUGAUGUGCUCACCCUUACAGUACUGAUAAUCUCGCCUUGUUGGCGCGUUAAAAAAAAAUAUUGGUUAUCCGAUCUACUUUUAAAUGUUAUCCUUAUUACGUCAUAAUUCCUCAAAAAGUCCGAUAUUUAUCGUGUUAUCACAUCUGAGCUCAACCCCACCCAGCUAUGACGCACGUGUGUUACCGAAUAGGUUGUGAUAGCUGAACACGCCCUAUGUCCAUUUUUUUAGCUCAAAAUAGUUAGGGAAAUAAUGAUUGGAUUCAUGGAGGAUUUACUUAUGUUUACGGCGGCGACAGUGGUCGCUUUCUCACCAAGCUUUUCAUAUUGCUGUUCGAAUAAAACUACCAUAAAGAAUAAGCACUGAGAAUUACAUUUUCAGCUCAUCAGGGCAUUUGAUGCCGCUGGAAUUGAAUCCUUUGUCUAUAGUGGUCACUUGUUCGGUGCUAAGUGAAUUUCUGCAAAGUUCUAUUGCUUAUUUUUCAUAUGUGUUUUCAUAGCUUAGCAGAGAAAACCUGUUUAAUUAUUUAUUAGAGACCUCUAGACAUGAACUAACACCCCUAUAGUCACCUUUACACGCCUUUUACCCAAUAUAGUAGACAUUUAUGAUUUUGUGUCUUGCUAUAAAUGUAUUCCAUUCAGUAGCAGAGUGACGGACAGGAAGUGUUGCCAAUCGUUCAGCUUGGCGUGAUUUAUGGUCUUAACAAUAGACUGUGUUUUUAUUAGGCAUUAUUGCGCCUGUUGUAAGAUCAUUAAAACGUGCUGUUCCUGCGAUCAUGGCAGGAUUAAUGGUACAGUAGAUGGACGGAAGAGGAUUUAUCCGAAUCCGAACUCAUAUUUCAGGAAGUUUACUGUGAUUGUAUUUUGCAGUUAUGGAGGGCAUCCCUAGAGGCUUCCUGCUGUUGUGUCUCAUCAGCCUAACUCGUGCAAACAACAGUCCCACAAUCAGCACUGUGCUCGCUAAAGUGUGCGAAGACACGCCUGUAGAUUCCUUUGCGUUCAAAAUUGAAGCAACAGAUAAGGAGAAUGAUCCACUGACAUAUUCGCUUGAUGGGGACAAUGCCAUAUACUUCACUGUUGACCGUAAUACAGGAGAUGUAUUCGUUGCAAGGAAGCUUGACCGAGAAGUUAGCGAUUUAUUGCCACUUGGAGUUAGGGUUUCAGAUGGCCCCAAUGAUACACCAGGAGAAAUAAAUGUACUUUUAAUGGACGCCAAUGACAAUAGACCCAACUUUGUGGAGUCUAGUACUGACUUUAAAGUGCCAGAGAAUACCCCAACAGGUACUUCUCUAUUUAAAGUACAGGCCACAGAUGAUGACAUUUCAUAUGCUGGUCAAGUUAGAUACAGCAUUGAUGAUGUUACUCCAAGUCAUGGAUCCAGCCUGUUUCAUAUUGUUCCCACAACUGGUGAAGUCCAAUUGAAAGGGGCCCUAAAUUACACCGGACUGAGUUCUUACUAUCGACUGAAGAUCAAUGCAACGGAUGGAGGGGGAAAAUGUUUCCACAGUGAUGUUAAAUAUUUAUCCAAUAUUGCUUUUUACUUCAUUAACGUCGAGGAUGUCCCUGAUCUCAACCCCACAUUUCUGGGCCUCCCGUACAUCACAAAUGUAGAGGAGAAUUCGCCGGUGGACACAUCUGUCUUUACAGCGACAGCCAUUGACCCAGACAUAGACAUCAAUGACAGGAUCAUCUACAGCAUUGAAGACUCCACUGCAGAUGGUCUCUUUAAAAUCUCAAGCGAGACCGGCAUUAUACAUGUAAUGUCAACAAUUGACAGAGAAGUUAUUGGUGAUGCUGUUACCAUGACGAUCAAGGCCACUGAGUCACAGCUAAACAUUUUUGGAGUAUUCGCCAGCACCACAGCAAAAGUGCAGAUCGGCAUCACUGACGUCAAUGACAACAAGCCAGAGUUUUACAAGUGUGAAGGCUCAGGAGAGGAGAACACCUGUACCAAAGCUAGUCACUUCACAGGGGACAUAGCCGAGCACCUACUGGCAAGUGUGCCCAUAAACAUGAUGGUCAAGGACCUGGAUAAGACUAAAAGCAUUGAACUAACAUUGGCGGGAGAAGACAAGGACGUAUUUGCUGUUGAACCCCAGUUUACCAUGUUGGAUAGCGUUGUUCAACUUGUGGUCAAACAACCUCAGAAACUGGAUUACGAAGACAAACAGCAAAUGGUUGUACAGGUGAUCGCCAGCGAUCCAGAACAAAGUACCUUUGUGUCCACUGCCACAGUUACUGUCAUGAUUACAGACACCAAUGACAACAGCCCAAUAUUCCCAAAGGGUACAUACUUAGACUUGAAGGUACCCGAACACUCUCCUGCUGGAACUCCAGUGGAUACGAUCACUGCAACUGAUCUUGAUACAAUGGACCAAGGCAACAUCACCUACAUGCUUCUUCCGGAAAGCAUACGGAUAUAUUUUGAUGUGAAUCCACAUACGGGGGAGCUUUAUGUGAAAAAUGAGACGCUGUUGGAUCGUGAAGUUAGAUAUUUGUACUCGGCCACUUUGCAGGCCAAAGACUCAGGUGGCAACGUGGGCACCGCGUAUCUGGAGUUCGUUUUGACGGACAUCAAUGACCAACAUCCGGUCAUCAAUAGAGAAUAUUAUCAGGAGUUUGUAGAAGAGGGAGCAGAGCUUAUACUUCAAAUAGAGGCGACUGAUGCCGAUGAGUCAGACACAGUAAACAGUGAAAUCAUGUAUACAAUAAUAACGAGCAAGUACAGCGACUACUUCAUAAUGGACCCUGAUACUGGUGUACUGAGAAAUCGAGUUGAACUGGACCGCGAGGCUUUGGAUGCAGCUUUGAAGGGGAGGAUUGAGCUCACUGUUACUGCCACGGACAAGGGUAUACCUCCACUGUCCACCACAGUCAGUGUGAUCAUCAAUGUGGAGGAUGUCAAUGAUAAUGCACCAGAAUUUAAAAACGCCUCAUACAAGUUCAGUGUCAAAGAAGGGGAAAAAGGAGCAUCUGUGGGAUCUGUGCUCGCUGAAGAUUUGGAUCAAACAACAGACUUCAAUCGUAUAUCCUACCGAAUCGUUGAUGGGACUUUUGGCAGGUUUAUCAUCCGCACCUCUUCAGAAGACCAAGGUUACAUUGGAAACAUCAUCGUGGACCCAGACGUUGAGCUGGACUAUGAGAGCGCUCAAAUAACUUACAUGCUACGUGUAGAAGCCACAGAUCUGAAGCAGAAAAAAGCAGUAGUGAUGGUGGAGGUGGACGUGUUGGACGUGAAUGAUGAAACGCCCGAGUUUGAGCAAUCGAUGACUUUUUCAGUAAAGGAAAACAGCACUCUUGAUGAGGCUGUCGGGACAGUUAUAGCGAAUGAUAAAGAUGGAAACCACUCUCUGAUCUACAAGAUGGAUUCCCUCAAAUGCAGAUGCAAUGGCUCUCUGUCACCUUGUGAAUGGUUCAUGCUGGAGCAAAGGACAGGGGAAGUCACGGUCAACCCCGAACAUACGCUGGAUUAUGAGCUCUGCGACCAGGCGCAGAUGGAGGUUCAGGUGAUCGAUGAGUAUACUGAGAAGGGGGACAACAACAGUACAGGAAAAGUGGUGAUCAACAUUGAAGACAUCAAUGACAAUGCACCAGAAUUCAUCUUCUCGGAUUCCAUAUUUGUUGUGGUGUCAGAGAGUGCAAACAAGGGGACGUCGGUUGGGGGUGUCACUGCAAGAGACCGUGACACCGGAAUCAAUGCGCAGAUUGAGUUUAAAGUAGCUGAAGUGAAAUUUGAAGACACCAACAAUCAUACAAGUGUCACCAAGCUUCUGUUUGAGGCAGUCACCACACAGCAAAAGGAUGAAUACAUUGGCAUCAUUCAAACCACUGGGGGUCUUGAUGAGAAAGUGAAAGGGAAAUAUUUAGUAACAGUGUCCGCAACUGACACCGGCGGCCUCGCCACCACCACCACACUGGAGAUUUUCACUGUUGAUCAAUCGUAUAAAGUUGAACUUCAAUUUAGAAAAACUAAAGCGGAAGUGGAACAAAAUGAACCUGCCAUCAUCAGGGCACUUACUUCUGCCACCAAAGCUAUCGUUGAAGUUGUUGAAAUCCGUGAGGACACUUCAGAAGAAUCCAGGGCUGCAGUCGGCAGUGUCAUGGUGGCAUAUUUUGUUUAUCCCAAUGGGACGGCUAUAAUGUCAGAUGAAGUGCAAGUGAUGAUUUCCAUUCCCCAGCACGCUCUUGCAUUGGAGCAGUUAGGCCUCAUGUACAUUGCUGGUUCCUCAGGGGAGCCUCCAAAGUCUGACCCAUUCAUGUACCCCUUGAUCGGCAUCGUUACAGGUCUCAUCAUUGUUCUGAUUGUUCUCAUCACGUCACUGGUUUGCACUCGCAGGAAUUACAGAAGGAAGCUCAAGGCAGCAAAAGCCAUGAAUUCUGCAACCAUGGUGGCAUCUGACAACCUCAAAAGCGGCCCCGUGGUGCCCGGGACCAACAAGUACACCAUGGAGGGGGCAAACCCUGUGCUCAACCUCAACAUCGACACGACCAUGGUCCUGGACAUAGACGAAGAAAGUUCAGAUGUUGAUAAAGUCAGCCUUGACUCCCUGGACUAUAGCGACUACAUGAACACAUCUGACAAGGACACAAAACCCGUUAUGCAGAUGGUCCAGGGUGAAGAGGAAGACAAUGGCCCACCAGAGUACAUUGAGCCUCUGGGUGCUGCUCUGGCUCACCGGAGCCAAAAGAAAGGCUCGGACGAUCAUCGAGUGGGUAUCAGCAACCCUGCAUUCAACACGACAGACCUAUGAUAUCACGAUAGACGUUGACCAGAGGCCUCGGACACAUGUGACCUCUUUGCAAUCAGAUAACCAAAUCCACAAUCUUAACUUGAUGGUGUUGGAUGAAGACCUCACAGCUUCCAAAAGUUUGGAUAUGGCUGAGAUUCUUCUGAGGAUGUUUUAGAAAAUCAGGACAAAAUGAACUAACUCGUGUUAGUAUUCAUUUAGAGGAAAAACAGCACUAAAUGUCACUGUGCCAAAAUGCAUUUAUUUAAAUAUUUUUGUUAAAUAAUGGUUCUCUCAGUGUUUUUUUUUAUGGUUUUUGCGAAUGCCGUUGAAAUAAAACAAUCAAGGUGUGA